UUACUGCCGGCUAAAUACUUCUAAUCUUUUAAUAAAACGUUAAUUCUCUCAAGAUUACAAUGGCUAUGCGAGAUUACGCUGCAGACAAAGAAACACUGAAGAACUUCUUCGUUGAUUUCUGCCAGACCGAUGACGAGGGGCAUAAGCUCUUUAAAUAUGCUGAACAACUCACUAGAGUCGCUCACAGGGAACAGGUGGCAUUUACUGUGGAGCUGGAUGACCUGCACGAAACAAAUGAGGAUCUGGCUGAGGCGGUGCGCCAGAACACGCGUCGGUACACGAGCAUGGUGUCGGAUGUAGUGUAUGAAAUGCUACCGGACUACAAACACAGAGAGGUUACUGCUAAAGAUGCAUUAGAUGUAUAUAUUGAGCACCGCAUUGUGCUGGAGGCAAGGAACCACCGGAUCCCAGGGGAGAUGAGGGAUCCCAGGAAUCGGUACCCUCCAGAGCUGAUCAGACGAUUUGAAGUGUACUUCAAAGAUCUGUCUAGUGCCAAAUCUGUACCAAUUAGAGAAGUAAAGGCUGAACAUAUUGGUAAAUUGACAACAGUAAGAGGCAUAGUGACUCGUUGCACGGAAGUGAAGCCGCUGCUGGUGGUGGCCACGUACUCGUGCGGCGCGUGCGGCGCCGAGACGUACCAGCCGGUGCGCGCGCUGCACUUCACGCCGCCGCCCGCCUGCGCCGCCGACGCCUGCCGGCUCAACAACGCCGCCGGGCAGCUGCACCUGCAGACGCGCGGCUCGCGCUUCCAGAAGUUCCAGGAGAUCAAGAUACAGGAACAUUCGGAGCAGGUGCCGGUGGGUCACAUCCCUCGGCAGCUGGCGGUGUACUGCCGCGGCGAGCAGUGCCGGCGCGCGCAGCCCGGCGACCACGUGGUGGUCACCGGCGUCUUCCUGCCGCUGCUGGGCGCCGGCUUCCGCCAGAUCACGCAGGGGCUGCUCUCCGAUACAUACCUCGAGGCGCACGGCGUGACGUGCGUGAACGCGAGCGACGAGUGCGAGAGCGCAGAGGCGCUGUCCGAGGAGGAGCUGGCCGAGCUGGCGGAGGAGCAGCUGUACGCGCGCAUGGCGCGCUCGCUGGCGCCCGAGAUCUACGGCCACGAGGACGUCAAGAAGGCGCUGCUGCUGCUGCUGGUCGGUGGCGUCGACAGGCGGCCGAACGGUAUGAAGAUCCGCGGCAACAUCAACAUCUGCCUGAUGGGCGACCCGGGCGUGGCCAAGUCGCAGCUGCUCAACUACAUCGACCGCCUGGCGCCGCGCAGCCAGUACACCACCGGCCGCGGCUCCUCGGGCGUCGGCCUCACUGCCGCCGUCAUGAAGGAUCCGUUUACAGGCGAGAUGAUGCUGGAAGGCGGCGCGCUGGUGCUGGCCGACCAGGGCGUGUGCUGCAUCGACGAGUUCGACAAGAUGGCCGACGCCGACCGCACCGCCAUCCACGAGGUCAUGGAGCAGCAGACCAUCAGCAUCGCCAAGGCGGGUAUAAUGACGUGCCUGAACGCGCGCGUGUCGAUCCUGGCGGCCGCGAACCCCGCCUACGGCCGCUACAACCCCAAGCGCAGCGUCGAGCAGAACAUCCAGCUGCCCGCCGCGCUGCUCUCGCGGUUCGACCUGCUGUGGCUCAUCCGCGACCAGCCUAAUCGCGAGAAGGACCUGGAGCUAGCGAAGCACAUCACGUACGUGCACCAGCACGGCGCGCAGCCGGCGGCGCAGACGCGCGCGCUGCCCAUGCGGCUCGUGCGCCGCUACGUGGCGCUCGCGCGGCGCAAGCAGCCCGUCGUGCCGCGACACCUCGCAGACUACAUCGUCUCGUCGUACGUGGAGCUGCGGCGGGAGGCACGCAACGCGCGCGACGUCACCUUCACCUCUGCAAGGAACUUGCUGGCAAUCCUGCGCCUCUCCACCGCUCUAGCCCGUCUCAGAUUGUCGGACGUAGUAGAAAAAGAAGAUGUUUCAGAAGCCAUCCGCCUCGUGGAGAUGUCUAAACAGUCACUACAGCAUGUUGACGAAAAUUUCCAAAGGGGCAUCAGCUCGACGGACCGCAUCUUCGCGGUGGUGCGCGACCUGGCCGGCGCCAGCCAGACCGUGAAGAUCGCCGACGUCAUAGAGCGCUGCGUCGACAAGGGGUUCAAACCCGACCAGGUGGAGGCGUGCAUCGAGGAGUACGAGAACCUGAACGUGUGGCAGGUCAACCAGGUGCGCACCAAGAUCACCUUCAUGUGAUCUGGGAGUCCCCUAAUGUUACAUUACGAGUACCUUUUAUAUUACCCACCAAGUUAUUUUCGUUGCAUUUAAAUUG